CGUCACGCCGUGUGACGUCACCUCUCCGCGCAGGGCAACAUGGCGAAGGGACAACGUGGGAACGCGGCUCCGUCUACGAAGACGGCGGAUAUGGACCCGAGGACCGAGGGUUUCAGCUUAAUGCUGGCGUCCAGCGACGACGAGGCGCCCGACGAGAUGACCUUUGAAGACUCGAAGGCGGAGGCGUUACGGAGCAUGAAAGAGGCGCUGCUCGCAGCCAGAAGGGAAAAGGAGCUCCUGAAAGAGAAGAGGAGGAAGAGGCAGCAGUUGUUCCAGGAACAGAAGAAAAGAAAACUCUUAUCGGCUGACUUGUUGGAGGAAAUCGACUCUGCCCCUUCAAAGAAGCAGAAACAAACUGAGGGUGAAGCUGAAGAAGACAAGGGGAAGAAGAGUGGGAAACCGACGCAGUCCCGAACUCUGAAGGGGAAAUACACCGUGACGACGGUGAAGGAGCGAGCGGCGGCGGCCUCGCAGCAGCAGGCGGCCGAGGACUUCCUCCAGUCCCGGCUGUACGGGCCGGGAAGCUGCAGGACCACGAGUAACGAGCUGCUCUCCAUCCAGAACAAGACGGGGGAAAACAAAAGUGCAGCGGUGUGCUUUGUCAAGAAGGACUGGGCCCUUCAGGAAAAGGCCAAAGCAGAGAAGCUGAAGAAAAGGUGGAUCCACAAGCAGCAGCAUCCCUCCUGCUGACGGAUCCCGGUACUGCACACUGGAUUUAACCGGACACCCGAACAGAGAGGAAGCUGAGCUCUGGACCACGUCUUGUAUUGACACUUCUUAUAUUGACUAAAUGAGAACUUGGCAGCAGCCCGAACCCUCCAGCUCAUCACCAACAAACAUGUUCAACAACCCUCACGUGGGUUUAAAAUACGGGACGAUUCCUCAUCUGCUUUUUUUUUUUUUUAAAGAGCAGAACAUGUGGAGAUGCGGCUGUUUAUAGUUAACGGUGGGAUUUGUAACCUUAAACUCAGUCAUUUGUUUAUUAAAAGCGUGUUAUAAGUUUCUUUCUAUAUAUUUUUCAAGAGAUUAGAAAGCUAGUAAAUCAAACUAGUUAGUUUCUGUUACUAGAGUCACGAUUGUGGUCACUCAUCUGCCCAAAAGUGGCAAAAGGCUUAAACAUUUGUAUAAUUUCUCUUUACAAGAAAAUAUCAGUUUCAGCAAUAACUGAACCAGUUUGUUUGCUUUAAUGUGAUUAUUUGAGAUAUUUCACUUGAAAUAAAAAGGCAGUAAAACUGUUUUCCCUUAAUCACGUCA